CUGCUCGGGUAUUCGGCUGUUCGGCUAGCAAAUUUGGCUGACAACCAAAUUUCGUCGACUCCAGUUUCUUCAAUGAACGAGGUAACGGUACAUGACUGGCGGACUAGGGUUUCUACCAGCUGUCUGCGAAUUCGAGAUGCAAGACCAUCCGAUAACAUUAUGCCGAUAUCAGUCCACACCCUUAUUCUGUGUCGCUGACCGCCAAGUGAAGAGACAUUGCAAAACAUCAUAAGAUUUCGUUUGAUUGCUGAAUCACUUCAUCGAUAAUACGCCCCCUGUUACUGAAAAUGUCAGAACUAUGGCUUAAACAUCGUGAAAGGCUGGCAGGUGGAUGGAAAUGUGUGUCUUAUGGAGUGUAUGAUAGAGAAGGCCCAAAUGCCAAGCUGCUUUUCAAACCUCAUGGGGACAAUCCAUUGGGUCGAAGUUAUCUCAGUCGCAAUGGAUACCUGGCCGCACAUCUCGCGGAGCCUGAACGGAUCAAGCAGUUCUCCAUGGAUUCAAAGAUACUUUGGGCCAAACGGAGUGACGCAGAAAUUGCCAAUGUCGCUCGCGGCCUGAGCAUGUACUGCGGAUAUAUGGAACUGUCCGAGGACGACAAGGGUCUGUCAUGGAGAACCAAGGUCGAAGUCGCCAGUGACCCAACCCGGGUGGGAGGCUACCAAACCCGGAGAGUGCAGCACGUGGAAGAGAAUGGCAAGUAUUUCAAGAUUUUGCGGCCAGUCGACCCGAUCGUGCUCGAGGAUGGAUCCCAAGGGUGGACGGUCCUCAAAUGGGAGCGAGUGGAAGCUCCGUCGUGAUCGUCAUCUCCAUAGCACCUCUUGUAAAACCAUCAGAAUGCUCUACGACGCUUCCACUGCCGGUAAACCACAGCAACGGUAGACAGAUUCAGCUCGCCGGCUUACGUGGUACCGGUCGAUAUCUU